CUAUAAUCUACACCUUGGGGUGGCGAGAGAUAACUCUUGGGGCGAGUCGGUGACUCGAGCCUCGAUUAAUCCACCAGGUUCUUGACGAACUUGUGUGUCGAGCACUGGAUGCCCGACAUCAUUGAAUCGUCGCGAACAUGACGGCGACCUUCACCCCGCCGCUCGCCGCCCUCACCACGGUUUUCACACCGCCAUGUCCGACAACAUGGCUUCUAACGACGACGAAGGUGCCUUCUCAGUUUCCUCCGUUUCCCACUACUGCAGCACCGUCCUGCGACCCGCCUUCUUGGGAUGAAUACAUCGGCGAGCGUGGUUUCGAAUACUAUUCGCCUGCCAUAUGUCCCGACGGAUUCUACGUAGGACCAUCAUGUAUCAUAACGAACCCGCGGACCCAGCAAGGCUUUCCAGAAAUCCAAGGCGGUGAGACAGCAGCGUAUUGUAUACCAACUGGCCACACAUGUACAUCCGAUACGUCCGACUUUCGUGGUGGUGUAUGGGGUGUCUCGCGGACGGCUUCUGAGAGCGGCGCGCAGGUUACAGUUGGUCCGGCAAUUCAAAUUCGGUGGCGGGAGGAAGAUCUAGAGAAUCUUGAGACAGAUCCCCUUGAUCCAGGGCCAAAAACUACAACUACGCCCAGCCCUACUGUUCCCGAUACACUUAUAAAUGUCCCAGCCCCAACGACGACAGAACUCCCUCCCUCGACCUCGACUUCUUCCUCAAGCACGACGCCGCCUCCACCAUCAACAAAGACGUCAUCGAGCAGUACAACAUCAACACAAGAACCGAGAACUACUCUAUCUAGACAAACAAGAGAAACUCUGGGCUCAUCUACGUCAUCCUCGUCUAGCAUACCUCCACUAUUAAUAUCAACGGAAGAAAGCCAGCCAAGCACGACUCAAGAAACAAGUCCCUCGUCAUCAAGCGUAUCGCCCAGCGAUCCUCCAAACGCCUCGCCCCAGCGCGAAGGCGGCGGCACCACCAUCGGCAACACAUCCUCGAACUUCACCGUAGCCGCGAUAGUGCUAAGCGCAGUCCUAAUAACCAUCAUCAUAGCAUACACUUCGUAUUCAAUCCUGUACCGCUACCGACGCUAUCGCGCAGGCGAGACGGAAUCAUUCUUUCUAUUCGAAAUCAAGACCUGGGUGGGCACUCGCGCUCGUGCAGUCAAACGAAAAAUCUUGAGGGAGAAGGAUAUCUACAGCGUCGACGAGAAGGCAGGAGACGGCCGAGACAGGCGGAAGAAAUGGAAGCUGCCGGACGCGGAGCUAGGGACCGAGGGGCCUUUGCCGGAACUCGGGGACGAGAAGCCCUUUGGGACCAUGGAGAAUCCCGCCGAGCUUCCGAGCGUGGACCGAUCGAGCUGGAGGUCGAGGAUGUCGAGGAUACUUUCCCCCAACAGGGCAACUGUGGGGUCUAAGCCUAGUGUCUAAUCUGGAUAAUUAGAUGGCGACAGAUAGAUGUGGAGAGGAGUUGAUUUGGAAGAUAAUUUGGGAGAUGUGUGUCUUGAGUCUAU